CAGCCGACCUAAGAAGAAGGGAACCGGAAGCGCAUAAGCAGCGCGCGGUUGUUUGGAUGUGGAAGCACCGAGCUCUGAAAUGGAUCGGUACCUGCUACUGGUGAUCUGGGGGGAAGGAAAAGUCCCAUCGGCAGCGGCUGGGGAGGCGGAGUAUGGGCCUGGGGUGUCGUCCUUUGAGGGUACGGAGAAGCAGCCGGACUUAACAGCAGCAAAUGUCUAUCACCUCCUGAAAAGAAGUAUCAGUGCUUCAGUUAAUCCAGAAGACAGUACCUUCCCCGCUUGUUCAGUGGGCGGUAUACCUGGUUCCAAGAAGUGGUUCUUUGCAGUACAGGCAAUAUGUGGAUUUUAUCAGUUUUGCAGUUCUGACUGGGAAGAGAUACAUUUUGGUACAGAAAAAGAUGAAAUUGAAGAUGUUCUUCAAACAAAUAUCGAAGAAUGUUUGAGUGCUGUUGAGUGUUUUGAAGAAGAUAGUAAUAGCAGAGAAUCAUUAUCCUUGGCUGAUCUAUAUGAAGAAUCUGCGGAAAAUUUGCAUCAGUUAUCAGACAAACUUCCUGCUCCUGGUAGAGCAAUGAUAGAUAUAAUACUGUUGCCUUCUGACAAAGAUCCUCCUAAAUUGAAAGACUGUUUACCCACUAUAGGAGCAUUAAAACAUUUGAGGGAAUGGUAUUCAGCAAAAAUUACUAUAGCAGGAAAUCAUUGUGGAAUAAAUUGUCAGAAAAUUGCAGAAUACCUUUCUGCUGAUACUGUGUCUUUAGAAGAUCUCAGAAAUGCUGUUGACUCAAAGGAAUUAUGGAGAGGAAAGAUUCAGAUAUGGGAAAGAAAGUUUGGAUUUGAAAUUAGUUUUCCUGAAUUUUGUUUAAAGGGAGUCACACCUAAGAAUUUUAGUACAUCUAAUUUAAAUACUGGUUUCCUUGCCAAAAAGAUAACACCAUCAAAGGAUAAGAAUGUUUUGCCAAAGGUUUUCCAUUAUUAUGGCUCUGCUUUAGAAUUUGUACAGAUGAUAAAAUUAUCAGAUCUACCCUCCUGCUAUAUGUCGGACAUUGAAUUUGAGUUAGAACUGACAAAAAACAAUACCAAACAGAAUUCCAUUUUGCUGUUGGAGCAGAUUUCUUCACUGUGUGGCAAGGUUGGUGCUCUUUUUGUUUUGCCAUGUACUGUUAGUAACAUGCUUAUUCCGCCUCCCAACCAACUCAGUUCAAGAAAAUGGAAGGAAUACAUAGCUAAGAAGCCUAGGACAAUCAGUGUUCCAGAUGUUGAAGUGAAAGGAGAGUGUUCUAGCUAUUAUUUCUUGUUACAAGGUAAUGGCAAUAGAAAAUGUAAAGCCACAUUGAUUCACUCAGCCAACCAGAUCAAUGGCUCAUUUGCCCUCAGUUUAAUUCAUGGGAAAAUGAAAGCAAGGAUAGAAGAAACCAAAUUGAGCUUUCCUUUGGACUUCUUGUCACUUCCACAUUUUUCUGAAGAGCAGCUUAUGCAGAGAGAGAAACAGUUAGCUAAUGUUCAAGCUUUGGCUUUGAAAGAAUAUCUAAAAAGGAGGAAGUUGGCAAACCAGCCUGAAGUAGUUUCGGUUGAUGAACUCAAAAGUCUAUUAGUGCUCACAAGGCAACACUUUUUAGAUCAUUUUGAUGCUGAUGUUCCUAAAACAAUUCUAAUAAAGACAGACAAAACCUCCAAUAUGUUAAAUGACACCAGUCCAGUGGAACCUAGUUCUUCAAGUCUAAUGGAAACCAAUCCUCUAGAAUGGCCAGAAAGGCAUGUUUUUCAAAAUUUGGAAACUUUUGAAAAAGCAAAACAAAAAAUGAGAACUGGCUCCUUACCUUGUGCAUCUGAACAGUUGCUGGGCCACAGAGAGGGUCCACGGGAUUCAAUUACGUUAUUGGAUGCUAAAGAAUUGCUGAAAUUCUUUACUUCAGAUGGAUUACCAAUUGGAGAUCUUCAACCUUUACAAAUUCAAAAAGGGGAAAAGACUUUUAUUCUGACACCAGAACUUAGUCCUCGGAAACUUCGGGUUUUACCUUUUGAAAAAGCCUCAGUAUGUCAUUAUCAUGGAAUUGAAUAUUGCUUGGAUGACCGAAAAGCAUUAGAAAGAGAUGGGGGAUUUUCUGAACUCCAGUCUCGUCUUAUUCGUUAUGAAACUCAAACCACCUGCACCCGAGAGAGCUUUCUAGGGCCUUCUGUGCUGAGCCCUCUUCCAUCUCCUGCAGUUUUAUCAGAGCCUGGAAGUGUCCCUGACGGGGAAGCUUUACAAAGUGAGCUCCGGACCGAAGUAUCCCGAUUGAAAAGGAGAUCAAAAGACCUGAAUUGCCUUUAUCCUCCAAAAAGACUUGUGAAAUCUGAAAGUUCAGAUUCUCUUCUUUCCCAGAUGAGUCGCAGCACUAGGCGUCAUCAGCACGCAGUGACAGCCAGGCAGCCGCAGGCAGAGAGAGCAUUACCUGUGACUGGUCUGUCGGUUCCAGUUCUUAGCUCUGGGACUUCAAAAGUCACUGCAAAGGCCAGUUCUGGUCAAAAACGUGGGCAUGAAUCAAAAACAUCAAGGCAAAUUAAGGAAUCAAGAUCACAGAAACACACACGGAUAUUAAAAGAAGUAGUUACCGAAACCCUGAGGAAACACAACAUUACUGAGGCUCAUGAAUGUUUUACGGCAUGCAGCCAGCAUCUCUUUGAGAUCUCAAAGUUCUACCUAAAGGAUCUUAAAACUUCAAGGGGUCUAUUUGAAGAAAUGAAGAAAACAGCAAACAACAAUGCUGUGCAGGUGAUUGAAUGGGUAUUAGAAAAGACAAGCAAGAAAUAACACAGAAUCAUUCUCUUUGGACAAUUAUAAAUUGGCAAGAGCUAUUAUUUACUACUUCCUUCCUUAGUUUGAAAAUUUUAAACGAAUUUCAAACUUUAUUCAAAGAAUAGAUGUAUCUCUAAAGAAUUUCAUAUAUCCUAUAUUUAUAUAGUUUUGAGGAUGCUCAGUUAAUGUAUCUUUAAUUGUAUUCUUAUUUUAUAGUUCCACUGUAUUUUAUUUUUUAAAGUUAAUAUUUUUAUAUAUGUUUUAAAAAUUUUACUUGUGGUUAUUUAAUUAUUUCAAUAAAUAGAAAAAGAUUUCUUCUUGGUAAAUGUCUCUGUUCUUAGGCCUGUUUAAGUUACUAAGUCUCAGUAAGAUAUUGUGAAUGGCUUUUCUCAUGCAUUCCAACAGCAUAAUUUAUUAGAUGGCUCCUGAUUUAGAAAUAUUGGCAAAAAAUUCACACAUCUUUAGCCAUUUUUCCUUACCUAUACCCUAGAGCUACCAGUGUUGGAGCCAUUAAUGUUUAUUUAGGAUCAAAAAUGAAGGAACAGUAGAAAUUAUGAAGCUAAGACAUAAUGAAAAUGACUGAGUACGGACUUACAAAAAAAUAUAUCUUUUCCCAUGGUAGAAAAAUCUGAAAAUGCAUAGAGUACAAAGAAGAGUGAACAAAAUUCCAACAUUAACUCUGUUAUCUCUAGGUAACCACUGUUAAUAUUUUGAAAAUAUAUAUGUAAUAAGUAUUUUCAAAAUUGGGGUCAUAUGUGUGCAUGAGUGUGAAUUAUUUUAUAGCCAGCUUUUCACUUAAUGUGUCAUGAAUUUUAUUCAUAUAUUAUUAUUUUAAUAAUGGCAUAAUACAAAUGAACCACAGUUUAACCAGUUUCCCAUUGCUGGAUAUAUAGGUUCAGUUUUUCCCUAUUAAAAAUAAAAUGUAAUGAAUCUUCCUAGUACAUUACUGAUUAUUGCCCUAAUAUAACAGUUUAGGAGUGGAAUUUGUAGGUUUUAAGAUUUGGGGUACUAUUUCCAAAUUGCCUUUCUGAGAGGUCAGUUUGCAUACACCCCCACCAGAGUCCCUAUUUCCUUUUUUGAUGACUGAAAGUAGUGAAAGUGAACUUUUUUUUAAUAUGUUGGCUACUUUUUAAUUGCCCAUUUUUAUUUUGGGUAUUUUGACUUUUUUCCUUAAUGGUUUGUUACAGUUCUUAUAUUGUUAUUAGCCUUUUGUCAUUUGUUUACAUUGUUCUGAAAUCUUUAGUUUUU